AUGAAAGAAUCAAGCGAGAAGAAGCACAGGGCGCCUCAAAGUGGUGCGAAAGCAUUGAAAAAGGUCAAACAUGGGAACGCGACAAAGGCACAAAAUUACAAGGGGUUUGCCGUUCAGCACACCACUAAAGCUGCACGGAAGGUCAGAAAAACCCUAGAUAUGGAGACAAAGAAGUAUCAUCUUCCAGGUGUAAAUGCUGAUUGUCAUACUGAUUUUUCGCCCCCUCUUGUUGUUGGUAUUGUUGGUCCACCGAAAUGUGGGAAAUCUACCUUAUUACGUGGUCUGAUCAAGCAUUUUGGUCGUCAGUUGGUCCGGAAUAUUACAGGUCCAAUAACUGUUGUCGUUGGCAAAAAGUUCCGCCUAACUUUGCUUGAGUGUGAUUGUAACAUCAAUAGUAUGAUUGAUGUUGCAAAGAUCGCGGAUCUGGUCUUACUUGUUGUAAAUGUGUCACAGGGUUUGGAGAUGUAUCACUUUGAAUUCAUAAACAUGUUGCAAGUCCACGGGAUGCCUCGAGUCAUUCCAGUACUUAAUCAUUUGGACCAGUUCAAGGAGUCAUCUUCUUCAAGAGCGCUUAGGAAAAAAAUCAAGCAACGGUUGUGGACCGAUUUGUCUGCAAAGAUUUUCCUCUUAUCACGUUUUGUGCGGAAAAGAUUUCACCAUCAGAAACAGGAUCGGGCAUCUGAUACACUUAUCGAUGGUGAGUAUUUACCCGCUGAAAUUCAGCGUUUGGCUCGGCUCAUGGUUGUCAAAUCGCCCAGACCAUCCGACUGGCGGGCUGGUCACCCGUAUAUGCUGGUGGACCGUUUGGAAGACGUGACAAACCCCAGAAUUCUCACAGAAGAUGAAAAGGUUAACCGUACUAUUAGCCUUUACGGUUGGGUCCGAGGUGCUCCAAUUAAAGCAUCUUUAAGCAAACCCCUUGUUCACAUUCCUGGUCUUGGUGAUUUUAUGGUUUCGGAAUGCACUCGACAACAGGAUCCUUGCCCCACACCGGCUCAACUCAUACAUUUUAAUGCGUCCCAUGAUGGUGCCGUUGAAGCCAAACUGAAGAGGCGCCUUUCUGAAGGCGAACGGAAGCUUUAUGCACCAAUGUCGAGCAUCGGCGGUGUUCUCUUAGAUCGGGAUGCGACAUAUAUUGAUCUGGGCGGAAGCCAUCACUUAGGUGGUGGUAGAUUGUCGUCCGGUCGUCAAGUUGUGGUAGGGGCGGGCGAAGCGGAUUUGGCCAAAGCUCGCGAAAUCUUUUCGACCGUCGGUCACGGUCUGGACGAGCGAUUGGAGCAUGAUCACCGCAUCCAAGUGCUUAUUGAUGCGCCCUUUCUGGAGCCAUCCGCAAAUAACCGUGAUAUAGACUCUGGCUCCGAUGAAGAAAAUGACGAUAGUCCCGAAGGGGACAAUAACGUUGAAGUCGAUGAAUGCGGUGGCGGUGUUGGAUUACGCAUGUUUGAGGACACAGCUCUGCCAGACGCUGAAAAUGAGGCAAUGGAGGUGGAUGGUGAUGACGAUGGGGGGAAGGAUUUGUCGAAAAUCAAAACGGACUCAAAUUUUAACCAUCAGCAUCGGGACCUGAAGAGCGCUUUUGACAUUGUUGUCUCUAUUCAUGCUUACUGUGUAAAGGGGUCGGUAGUCGUACUGAUUUCGCAGUUAGUGUUUAAUUUAAUGUUUUUAGAUUUGGGUUGGGAGGAAACAACACCGGGUCGCAAGAACUGGAAUCGCAUAAUUUAUGGUGAUGAUAAUGAUACUCCCAAAGCGGAAGGAAAAUCCACUCUCACAGGUGAGAUGUUCGUUUUAUCUACUACGACGGACAACAAUAUCCACGGGAUCGAUGCUGAUGAUGUCACUUUGCCUCAGCGACCCACCGUUUCUAUUGACUGGAACACUUCGGCAGCCCUUAUUGCAAAUCGUUUUACUACGGGUGCAUGGGACGCUUCGGAGGAUGCCGAGCAAUUGCUAGCCGCGGACGCUAAAGCCCAGCGGGUAAUGGAAGCACUGAAAACCCAAAAGAUGACCAAAGCGGCGGGUAGCAGAGUGCAGUACAAACCUGAAAGGAAUCCGGUUAAGGGUAUUGUCAACGAUUCAGAUGUGGAGGAAGAUGAGGUACUGGGAGAAGAGUCUGAAGACAAUGGUACGGCAGAUGAAUCGGAGGGAGAGGCUUCCAGUAGAGAUAACGAGGAAGAAGUCGAAGAUGAUGAUGCUACAAAGGGAUUUGAGAAGCUUGGGUUGUUGAAAUCCGAUUUGUCAGUGCUGCUGGCUUAUUUGCAGAGGCUACUACGCCCAACUAAGCGUGAGCGUAUUUUGGAGAAACGUCGACGUCACAAGGAGCUCUUUGAUCGCCUCUAUGAGGCCGCUCAACGCGGCUCUGGUGAUAACGCGAACGAGCCAGCUACGGCCUUCUACAACAAGAUGGUCUCUAAGACGGAGACUCAACAGCAGUUGAAUCGCGAGAUCCUUGGCAAGCUGGCUCCUGGUGUUCGCGAAACCGUCGAAGGUGUACCUCCUGGAUCGUAUGUGCGUCUUCAAAUCGUCGGAGUGCCCUACCAAUUCAUGGCGAACUUUGAUCCGCGUCAGCCGCUGGUGGUUGGGUGUCUGGUGAAGGGAGAGGAGGCGAAGGCCUUCAUUCAGGCUCGCUUUCAAGCGCAUCGGUGGAAGAGAGGCGUGCUCAAAUCCAACGACCCCAUAGUCGUAUCCGUUGGUUGGCGACGCUACCAAACAAUCGGCGUUUUCUCCAAGGAGGAGCACAACUUCCGAAAGCGCUACCUCAAAUACGCCCUGGCACAUGAACACUGCCAUAUCACCUUCUACGGACCUGUGGUUCCUGCGAAAACUGGAAUCGUCGCUGUUGCUAACUCCACCUGGCGAGAGCAGACGGAAGCUUUCGCCUCAUCAAAAUUUAGAAUCGCUGGGACAGGUAGUGUGACUGACUGCAAUGAAUCAUUUCAAGUAAUGAAAAAGCUUAAGUUGGUUGGCCACCCGUACAAAAUCUUCUCUAAAACAGCCUUCAUUGGCGGUAUGUUCAACUCAGAGCUUGAGGUGGCCAAAAUGGUCGGAUCCAAGAUUCAGACUGUCUCCAAAAUCAGAGGUCUAAUAAAGAACGCUAUCACGGGUACGGGUCACAAACCGGGUGACUUCCGGGCCACAUUUGAAGCACCAAUUCGAAUGGCAGACAUAGUGUUUGUGCGAACCUUUGUGCCAGUUGAAUUGAUCGCUUUUUACAAUCCAAUUCCCAACCUCCUCUUGCCGUCUUCUCGAACCGCAGCUUCCACCACCACCACCACAGCCCCCGGAACGCAGUGGAGGAUGCUUCGUACCAUGGGCGAGUUACGGUGGGAUACGGGCACUAAGGUGGAGAUUAAGGAAGACUCUAAAUACAAGGAAAUACAACGCGCACCCUUCGUGCCCCCACCACUAACUGUCCCUACCAAACUAAUAGCUGCGCUACCCUUCGCUGAUAAACCGAAGCUGAGCAAGAAACAGCUGCGAACGCGACGCUUCUGGGAUGAUGAAGUAAGGCACGCUAGGAAAUUCGGUGUACCCGCACCAAUAGAAGCGAUGGCUGAGUCGGAGAACGCUCCUGACCCCGUUGGACACGCUCGCGAUCGAGCACAGCUCAUCCAGCGAUUGCGAUGCUUGCAUGCUGCCUACCAGGAGCGGGAGAAGAACAAAAUGGUCGCCCGCAUCUCGAGCUACAAGGCGAAGCGUGCCAAAGAGGCGAAAGUGGCAGAGGCGAGAAAUAAAAAGCGGAGGAAAGAGUUCUUCGCUCGUCAUCGUGGCGGCGCUAAGGGACACUCUACCGUCGGAACGUAG